AUAAAUAAUAAUAAAUUUUUCGUCAUCUGAAAAUUUCCCGGAUCUCUGAUUAUCAUUAUUUAUAUACAUAUAUAUAAAGAGUGGUUUGAACUAAUUUUUAUGAAAUUUUAUGAAACUUAUCGACGCAGCGUACGAAUUGUAGCGAACGAAAUAUACAUAAAUUAUAUAUAUAUAUAAAAAUGCUCACACAAUUUUCUUCAGCUACGGCAGAAACUGCCUCUUCCAUUCAUUCUUCUAUUUCAAGUAAACUCGCGUAUAAUUACAAUAAAUUUAAUGAAACUUAUCCUUAUUUAUCAUCAGCCAUCAAUGAUGGGACCAAUUACAUAUAUUCAAUUGGGGAUAAAAUUAGUUCCUAUACAUCUGUUAUUCAACCAGUAGAUGGUUCUGAAGAAAGAGAGAUUACUAGAACUCCUCCCAACGAAAAUUUGGGCGAGAAUGUCAUCCCGUUGAAUGACGAAAGGAUUGAACUGGUCAAUCAUUUAUUAGACUUACAUAGUUCGAAACCCUCGAAAGAGUGUUUCAAACAUUAUGACGAUAAUGUCAUAUUUGAAGACCAGCUCAUUUAUACUACUGGACUCCCAGACUUGAAGGCCCAAUUUUACGGGACACUAAAAAUACCCGUAAAAUCCACCAUUAUUAACUACAAGAUUCUUGAGAACACUUUAAAUAUUCUAAGAAUCAGUAUGUCUCAAAAAUAUUUACUUCCAUUCGUGAGUCGGGCUUUCAUGCUAGAAAGUGAGCUCAUUUUGGAGUUCAAUGAAAGCAAAAAAAUUUAUAAACACACGGAGUUGUGGUACGGUAGACAACCUAUCGUCCAAGGCGAAAUAUUACGAAAGGGAGCUGCUAAAAUUGUGGCCAGAUUCGUUAGUGUUCCUGAAUAAACGAGAAAAUUCUCGUUUUAUACAUUCAUUUAUCCAAAUUUUUUUUUUAUUAUUUUGUAGUUUCAUUAACAUAUUUUUUAUAUUUAUGAUUGUAUUUAUUUAUUUAUUUUUAUUCAAGAUUAAAAUAAAUUUAUGAUCUUUAAUUCUUUAAUUAAGAAUUAAUGGAAAAUUUGUGUCCACAACUGGGACAAUGAUAAAAAACGGUUUGUCCUUCAUCGGCUGAUCUUAAUUGCAUUGUGUGAUAAUUCAUUUCAUCGUUUCCACAGUUUGGACACUUUUCCUUUAUCUAAUACAACGAAGAUAAUUGAAAAUUGAAUCGAUAAGUCAUAUGAAAAGAAAGUUAUUUAUUUUGACAUACUCUUGCGCUUUCUUCUUUGUACCUAU